CAGGAAGUAAAUAAAUACCUUCCCGCGCAGUUGAAUCGGUGCAAGAAGACGUCCACAUUCACGGAUAAUCAAACAAAAUGGACGAGCUUUAUUUGGAUAACAUCGACGAAUUUGUCAACGACCACAACAAGAUAGUCACCUAUAAAUGGCUGAGUCUCACUCUGGGAGUCCAUGUCAACAUAGCCAAACAGAUGCUUUUUCAUUAUUUGGAUCACAAGAGGAAGGAAAGCUCAGCUCAGCUCCACGCUACCUACCUUGUGUCGGGGAAGUUUGUAGACAAUGGCCAAAAGAGUCACAAGGUGUCAAUUGUCAAAGAGGACCAGCUGGAAGAUUUCAAAUCCAAGAUGAGCUUAAUAGUCAGCGUCCAUGUCUACAGUGUCCAGAAAGCUUUACUGAAAGACAGCGGUCCCCUCUACAGCGUUGACUAUGACGCUGUGAAAGACAAUCUGAAGAACUGCAGCAGAUACAGUGCGAUCCGCUGUGCCAGUGCAGUGCCCAUGUCCUCUCUGGAGCUGCAGCAGGCGAGAGAAGUCCAUCGAGCUCCUACACCAGAGCCUGAACACAAAAAAUCUGGCAUGAACGGAGAGGCUAACGUUGCUUCCAAACCUUCCACCAAGCCACAGAAAGGCAUCAUGGGAAUGUUUGCAAAUAAAACUGCUCCUAAGAACCAGGAAAAUGGCAAAGACAUUAAGUCGGAGCAGAAAGAGGAUGCACCCGUGGUUGAUGCUCCUAAAACCAAACCAGCCACAAAAGCCAAUCCUAUGACGAACUUCUUUGGGUCUCAAACAGCAAAGAAGCCAGUUAAAACUGUGAAGGAGGAAGAAGCAGCUCAGUCAUCAUCCUCAGCGGCGCAGCAGCAUCAGAGUUCACAGCCUGAAGAGAAACAAGAAGCUGCAGCAGUGAAGCCACCAAAAGACGCUAAGAAAGACUCCAGGAGCAAAACCAAGCGGAUCGUAGAUUCCGACAGCGAGGAGGAGAAAAUGGAGAAGAAAAAGCGACGGAGGAUUAAGAAGCCUGAACCCGACAGCAGCGAUGAAGAUGUCAUUCCAGAUUCUCCACAGCAGAUGGAAACGAGAGAACCAUCACCAUCACCUCCGAUGAAGGAGGUCGAGUCUGUUUCACAUUCACACCAGGCGAACUCUGAAAUGAAGACGAGGAAAAGGAGACGAGUCCUGAAAUCUCGCACCUUUGUUGAUGACGAAGGAUGCAUCGUGACAGAGAAAGGCUAUGAGAGUGAAUCGUACUCUGAAUCAGAAGAUGACUUUCAGGCCACCAAACAAGCACCAAAACACCCCUUCCCAGCAAAACUAGCAGCAAGUAGCAAACAGGACGAGAAGAAAAGCCAGAAGAAAUCUUCCACAAAUGCAAAUAAAGGAAGCAAACAAGCUUCCAUCAUGGGAUUUUUCCAAAAGAAAUGAUGGCAGACAGCGUCAGACACUUUCAUUGGCACUGAGGAACAACAAGCACUGCUGCAGACUUUCUGCCAUGAUCUUCUGUUAAAACUGGCUCUCAGCUCAACCACAGGACUUUUCAAAAGGACUUCAGCUACAUGGACACACCCAAUUCAGGAAGACAAACAUUGUACUUUACUUUAUCUUGCCAUUAGCAGCCCUGAAUACAUGUGACACUGAAUAAACAUUAAA